AUGGUACUAGACUACUCAACCUGCCUUCUCCGUCUAACUGACUUAGAGCGGGAAAAGCUACAGCUCGUGGUGGCUGCGCUAAAAGUAAGCGAAUACACCAACGACGUUGACGAUUUCAGAAGACCCUAUGAUUCGAGGAAACGGAUGGUGCACGCGAUGGUGGAGCUGUUUGACAUCAUCACGGGAUUGGCCGUCGCCUCUGAUGUUAUUCCAAAAUCCACUAAGAACGCCUUGCUGGCAGGGGAGAGUAAACUGUCGGUGCUAGUGCCCUUACUUGAGGAACUCUUUGAGAUUCUGCGCCGUCAUAAGCGACUGAACCCCUUUAGCCAUAGAGAAGAAUACGGAAAGUUGCUGAUGCUUUUGCAGGACGUACAAAAUCGACUCGUGUCUUCCGUCCUGGGUAUUGAAAGUAACUUAGUAAUUCCUUGUCGAACAGUUGGGAGUGCACUGCGGGAAAUCGGCGCGGAGGAGCUUCUGAACGACAAGGAGAUGACGACGGUGGGGUAUCUUCGUAAACGGGGGAGAGAAAAGGAGGAGGGGAUGAAAGCGGUGGUUGACAAAUACGGUGGCGAAGACCCUAGGAAACGAGAGGUGGUGGAGCGCUGCCUACGCUCUAUGGACGACGUUCAUCAGUUCCUGCAAUCGAACUGCAAGCCUCUCUGGUACCUCUCCGAGUGUGUAAAAGAUGAAUUUCAGAGCAUUAACAACUCAGGUGCUUACAAUUUAUCGAUUACGGCAGGGCGAGGUGGGGCUUGCUUUUCUCAUAAUCACAAAACACAAUGCCAGUACGUAAGGGAGUCCUUGUACUUGUGGGAGACGGUGCAGUGGCGUAUCUUUGAGUUGUGGGAGGCGGCUGAGUCGGAUAUGCUGGUGGGUGGCGGCCGCCGCUAUGAUUUUGUGAAUACCGGGCAGGGGUAUCACCGCAUGUGCGUCGCGCCGAAGAGCUACUCAACCAUGUCGGCGUGUGUCCAACACGCCGAGCAUCGAAUGGGUGGCUGGGUGGGGAUCAAGGUGAUCCACUUAGGGGAUCAUGAUGUCCCUAACCCGUUGGUGUUUAUUGAUAAAUACACCGUCAUUCCGCAUAUUGUUCAGCCGAUUGUUCACGUCCUGCACGAGCUGCGGCGCGCGUUUGGGGUAGAGAACUGCGAAGACGAAGAAAGUGCCGGCGAGACCAUUACCUACCCCGGCCUCAAAGAGUUUCUGGAAUCCAAGUACGGCAACUACAAGAAACUCAAGAUGAUGAUUUUGUCGGACUUCUUCAAGCAUGCCUUUGACGGCUCGGGCGACGACGGUGGGAGCUGCAUCGAUGGCCGGUUGACGUCUGCGUGGAACUGGUGCCAUGAAUUGCACAAUAAACCCUACUACGACGCUUUCGUGUUAACGGGUUUCAAUGGAUUUGACUAA